CUCGCUAAAACCCUAAUUCAAACCUAGCUUCGUCUUUUUACGCUUAUUAGCAGCAUUCUCUCCGCAGCUCAAAUCCAGAAAGAGUACAACCAUGGGGGCUUAUACAUAUGUGUCGGAGCUAUGGAGGAAGAAGCAAUCGGAUGUGAUGAGAUUUAUGCAGAGGGUGAGGUGCUGGGAGUAUCGGCAGCUUCCUUCCAUUGUCCGGGUCACUCAUCCAACCCGACCCGACAAAGCUAGGCGUAUGGGUUACAAAGCCAAGCAGGGUUAUGUGAUUUAUCGCGUACGUGUGAGGCGUGGUGGAAGAAAGAGGCCAGUUCCAAAGGGUAUCGUGUAUGGAAAGCCCACAAACCAAGGAGUGACUCAGCUCAAAUUUCAACGCAGCAAAAGGUCUGUUGCUGAGGAACGUGCCGGAAGGAAAUUAGGUGGCCUAAAAGUCCUCAAUUCUUACUGGCUGAACGAGGAUUCGACCUACAAGUACUUUGAGGUGAUAUUGGUUGAUCCAGCACAUGCUGCUAUAAGAAAUGAUCCGAGGAUCAACUGGAUUUGUAACCCUGUGCACAAGCACAGAGAGCUUCGUGGAUUGACAUCUGCUGGAAAGAAAUACAGAGGCUUACGUGGAAAGGGACAUUUGAACCAUAAGGCGAGGCCUUCUAGAAGGGCUACAUGGAAGAGGAACAAUACUCUUUCUCUUCGUCGCUAUCGUUGAGUGUUUUUAUUUUUAUGGUAUUUCUGUUGGGUCUCAGCUUAGUCUUGAAAUCUUUCUGUGGUUUAAUACUUGACAUUGUUAUUUAAGUUUUGAUCAAUACUUGUUUUUUUCCCAGAUUUUUUUGGAUCCACAUCUUCAUACAUCAUGAAAUUGGUUUUAUUUCUAAUGCUUUAACAUGUUAAAUUAAGU